AUGGGUCAAACAAAAAGCCAAUUUACUGACGAAGAACUGCAGGAUUACCAAGACUUAACAUAUUUCACCAAGAAGGAAGUGCUAUAUGCUCACAACAAGUUCAAAGCGCUGGCUCCUGAAAAAGUCGGUCACAACAAAAACGCCAAGCUCCCCAUGACCAAAAUUCUGCAAUAUCCCGAGCUGAGCGUAAAUCCUUUUGGUGAAAGAAUUUGCGAAGUGUUCAGUUCAAGCCGCGAUGGCGAUUGCACUUUCGAAGAUUUCUUGGACAUGAUGUCCGUGUUCAGCGAGGCAGCCCCAAAGUCGGUGAAAGCCGAGCAUGCAUUUAGAAUAUAUGAUUUUGAUGGUGACGAUAUGCUUGGAGUAUCGGACUUGAAGAAGAUAAUCACUAAAUUGACUGGUGAUCAUAAACUUACAGAUGCUGAAGUAAAUAUAAUAAUAGAAAAUGUGUUGGAAGAGGCCGAUAUGGAUGAUGAUGGUUCGCUUUCUUUUGCCGAAUUUGAGCAUAUUACUGAUAGAUCUUCAGACUUUUUGAGUGCAUUAAGGAUUCGUUUGUAA